CGGCGAUCUGCAAAAUCCAUAAGCGCAAUUACAGUUAUGCUGAUAAUUAUGCACGGCUACGCUUUUGGUGAUUUCGCGCGGCCGUACUUAUUCCCGGCUGCACUUGCCCAUCAGAACGGAAGCGGAACAUCUUUUUUUACAGAGGUCCCGCCAUAGCGAUGACGAUAGUGGAUGUAGCCUUACUACUGUUUAUUAGCAGCUUCACUUCAGCAAACGCAAUUUGUUACAAACACCCAGCUUUUACCCUUAUACUCAAAUAGCCGAUGGACUUAUAAUCGUUCUAUCAACUUUCUUCCCUUCUGGAUGAGUGCUCAAAUUCCCAGGUUGAGUUUCUUUUAGCUUCCCUCAUUUUCUCCUCGAAACGCCGUUAACCUGAACUACGGGUGCCACUUCUAUCCCAAAAUUCAAAGCUUCUAUCAACAUCCACAUUGGCCAAAAUGGACGGCGACGUGAUAGCACAGUUUACUGAGGUUACAGGCUCUACGCCAGAGCUUGCAACUCAAUAUCUAGAGAUCGCAGACUUCAACAUUGAGCAGGCUAUGCAACUCUACUUUGAAAACGGUGGGGCAGAGAUACAACCGUCCAGACAAACCGAACCGACGCACCGCAACAAUCUAGGCAGUGAUGUCAUUCAUCACGCAGAUGCAGAUGACGAUGUCCUUGUGGAUGAAGCACGAUCAUCAGCGCCUUCACGACAGCCCGAUCUAAAUUUCGAAGAUGAUGCUGCUAUAGCUCGGCGGCUACAAGAGGAGCUGUACGCUGCCGGUGGUGAUUCCUCAGAUGGCGUACGUGCACCGAUCGCAAGAACAACAGAAACGCUUGUAGGUCCGGGGGCAGAAGAUUUUGGUGAACUGGAUCCUGUUUUGAACCGGUUGCGGAUGCGGCAGUCCAGAAAUAACCGCCCUGGUAUAUUCAAUCAACGCGAUUCUUCCAUCUGGGAAGAAGCCUCCGAGAACUCACAAAGGGCAAGUCUAUCCAGAGCGACUGGCGGCGCUUCCGAAACGUCAUCCAAAUCGACCCUACUCGCUGAGAUGUACCGACCACCGUUCGAAUUGAUGUCCAGGCUGCCCUGGGAUACAGCCCGUGAAGAAGGUCGAGAGAGUGAAAAGUGGCUAUUGAUAAACAUACAAGAUCCUUCAAUCUUUGAUUGCCAGCUAUUAAACCGUGACCUCUGGAAGGAUCCAAGUGUGAGAGAUACUGUUAAAGAGAACUUCAUUUUUCUUCAAUACAACAAAGACGAUGAACGCGGAAUCCCGUACUUGCAGUAUUACUUUCAGACCAGCGAUGUUUCGGACAAUUACCCGCAUAUUGCUAUUGUCGAUCCACGAACUGGCGAACAAGUCAAGGUGUGGUCAGGCCCGCCAGUUAUUAAACCCGCAGAUUUUCUGAUGCAACUCCACGAGUUUCUUGACCGAUAUAGCCUGAAACAAAAUGCUCGCAAUCCUGUUGCGAAGCGGAAAGCUGAGAUUCCGAAAGAAAAGAAGCUAGAAGCUAUGACCGAGGAGGAGAUGAUGGAGAUGGCUCUGAAAAAUAGUCUCGAAGGGGCUACUCCUGAAAAGAUUGAAGAUCCGGACGAAUUGACCAGAAGCGUUGGUGAUUUGAAGGGCAAAGGCAGAGCUACUGACGUCGAUGAUAUCCCCAUGGAAGAGCAGGAGCCUGAAGAACAGGAGGAUCCCAAUGUGUCUAUCUUUCGGGCUAUUCCAUCGGACCACAAUCACACAGAACCACCUGCAGACCCUGCUACUACUACUCGUAUUCAAUUUCGCCAUCCCUCGGGUAGGGUAAUCCGGCGCUUUGCUCUGGCGGAUCCAGUACAGCGUAUUUACGAAUGGCUAAAGUCUGAGCCACCGCUCCAAGAGAAGGCCGGAGUUAUUUUUGAGCUCAAUGCCAUGGGGAAGAAUCUACUCCAAGAGCUUAAUACUUCCAUUCAAGAUGCGGGCCUCAAAAAUGGCACAGUCAUGAUAGGAUACUUGGAAGAUUGAUUAUUACGGCAUUCUCACUCGAAUUAUGACCUGCAUAUCAAGCGGCGUUGCAAUGGAUGUUGAUUACGACCCUUUUGAGACAUCAUUUGCCAUAUGGACACUUUUUUCGAUGGCUGUUACCUCUAAACAACUGCACAAGACUUUCAUACAUUUGAAUUGGCCACUUUUUUUUUAUCUUCAUGAAGCUAGAGGUUAUCGCGUCCUGCUGGAAUCUAGAAUUCAACAUCCUUCUAGGUAGAGUGGCGGCAUCGCCGUCGUUGCAAAUAGCAUUUAAUAAGCCACUCCUCGCAUGA